AUGCAGCUCAAGCUGACACUGAGCUCCAGUCUCCUGCAUCAGGCUUUUAGGAAUGCUGAGACUUCAGGCCUGAACCACCUCACCCCCUGGGUGACGCCCACUUCCGCCCUCAUUCACCGACCCUUGGCCGGGACCCAGCGGCUCGUGCGUCAUCAUUCCGCGCCGCCGCGCCACGGGCGUCCUCUGGCCCCGCCCACCCGGCGGCCCGGCUGCUGUCAGAGCCGGCUCCAGCCAUGGUGCUGCCCAGUGUUCUGUAAGUUGGCAGCGGUGGCUCGGGACGUGGCGCAGGUCCCGAUGGCGGCGGCGGCGGCGGCCCUGGCGGCGGCCGACCCUGCACCCGCGGUGCCGCAGGCGGCGGGGAGCGGAGGCCAGACCUCGCGCCGAGACUUCUACUGGCUGCGUUCCUUCUUGGCCGGGGGUAUUGCUGGGUGCUGUGCCAAAACCACGGUUGCUCCUCUGGAUCGAGUGAAGGUUUUAUUACAAGCUCACAACCACCAUUACAAACAUUUAGGGGUACUUUCUGCACUGCGUGCUGUUCCCCAAAAAGAAGGCUACCUUGGCUUGUAUAAAGGAAACGGUGCAAUGAUGAUUCGAAUCUUUCCCUACGGUGCGAUCCAGUUCAUGGCGUUUGAGCAUUAUAAAACGUUCAUUACUACAAAGCUGGGAGUUUCUGGUCAUGUGCACAGAUUAAUGGCUGGAUCCAUGGCAGGCAUGACAGCGGUUAUCUGUACUUACCCUCUCGAUGUGGUUAGGGUGCGUCUCGCCUUCCAGGUGAAAGGGGAACAUACCUAUUCAGGGAUCAUUCAUGCAUUCAAGACAAUUUAUGCUAAGGAAGGUGGUUUCCUUGGAUUCUACAGAGGUCUGAUGCCUACUAUAUUAGGAAUGGCUCCAUAUGCAGGUGUUUCCUUUUUCACCUUUGGUACCUUGAAGAGCGUUGGGCUUACCUACGCUCCCACCCUGCUUGGCCGACCUUCCUCUGACAACCCCAAUGUCUUGGUUUUGAGAACUCAUGUGAACUUACUCUGUGGCGGUGUUGCCGGAGCACUAGCACAGACGAUAUCCUACCCAUUUGAUGUGACCCGUCGGAGAAUGCAGUUGGGGACAGUCCUGCCAGAGUUUGAAAAGUGCCUUACCAUGCGGGAGACCAUGAAGUAUGUCUAUGGACACCAUGGGAUUCGGAAAGGACUAUACCGUGGCUUGUCUCUGAACUACAUCCGCUGUAUUCCCUCUCAGGCUGUGGCUUUCACAACCUAUGAACUUAUGAAGCAAUUUUUUCACCUUAACUAAAAGAACAAUUAUGAUUUGUGAUGGUUUUCCUCAGUAAAUUCUCAGAGGGAAAUAUAUAUAUAAAUGUUACUUUAAUUUUGAGGGAGACAUUACUUGAAGGGACGUUUGCCCUGUCACAGGAACCACUGGGGCUUUAAUACUUGAUUUCUGUUGGAUUUUAAAUCAUAGGUCCAAAGUGCUUAGCAUAAUGCUUUGUUUUCUUCUUGAUGGGAUCUAGAUAUGUAACCCUGGCUGGCU